ACACACACACACUCACUCACUCACACACACACACACACACACACACACACACACAAGCACACACACUUUCACACACACACACACACACAGAGUCGUAGUUUCAUCCACCCUGUGCGGCUGACGGACGCUCAGCCGAACGUCUGACUGAAGAUGAAUCUGGCUCUGAUCCACGACAGACUGCACAUUAAGACAUUCUGGGAGAAGAGGAUUAACACUGAGUGUCAGCAUGCUGAGAGCGAGGAGCAGAGGAUGAAGAAGAGCGCGCUCAAAAAGCUGAGGGGAGAGUGGCUGGUCCGUCUGGAGAACCGAACCAAACACCUGAAGAACCUCAACGACAACUACGUCAGGAAGGUGAAGAUGGAGAAGGCAGCUGACCAGACAUGAGCUGACGCACGGCGAUGGAUGCGUCUUCGUCCUCCUGCUCAAAGACAAAUAAAGUCACUUCUUUGAUCAGCUUCAGUGUACGUCCUCACAU